CGGGUUCAGACUUCCAGAGCAGAGGUUGUUCGGGCUCCUCCGUGGCGGAUUCCGGCCAAUUCCGGCGCGGUCGCUUUUCCUUCGUCAGGGCGAUCUCCGUUUCUUUCAGUAUUUAAAGUACUUAUCCUACUUUCUCCACUUUUCAUUUGGAAUCUUGUGGCUUGCAGGGAUUGCUAUAAGGAGAGGGAAAAACCGCUAAUGACUUAACGCUAGGUUAAGAGUUUAAAGCACGUGUUGCGUACACGUGGGAGACAGAGGGAGAGAGAUUUCUUUCCCAAGCUUGUAUUUACAUCAGGAUCAAACAUGGUGAAGGAACAGUUCAGGGAGACUAACAUCGCCAGCGAAGUCUCCCACAUAUCCUUCGGAGUGGACAGCCAGAAUGUUAUGUUCAUGCAGGCCAGCGUGGAGGUGUUUUCCAAAAGUUUGUACAAUGAGGAUACAAGGCGUACUCCGGCAUUGUACGGAGCGCUCGAUAGGCGCAUGGGAGUCAGCUCGACGGGACUCGAGUGCGAAACGUGCGGCAAAAAGCUGAAUGACUGCGUAGGACACUUUGGAUAUCAGAACCUGCAACUGCCGGUCUUUCACGUCGGCUACUUUAAAUCCAUCAUCCAGAUUUUACAGACGAUAUGCAAGAAAUGCGCGCACGUUUUGCUGACGCGAGAAGAAAGGAGAUGUUUUUUGGUCAAAAUAGAAGCUCCGAAACUGGGGUACUUGGCGCGCAAAGGGUUGCGUAAACAAGUCUGGGAGAAGGCUAAGAAGAAGACGGAAUGCCCGAAUUGCAAAGCGAAUAAUGGCCCCGUGAAAAAGGCCGGUUUCCUUAAAAUUGUACACGAGAAGUACAAGAACUUGAAAAAGACUGAUCCCAUUUUUCAAGACACGUUGGCUGACCUGACUCCAAAGAUGGAACGCGACAAAGAGUUUAAGAAUAUAAUAGACCAAAAUUACAGAAGCACAUUCGACGAGUAUCUGUAUCCGAACUUUGUGGCAGAACUUUUCGCUAGAAUUCCGACGGUCGACAUUUGUCUGUUGUUAAUGCAUCCUGACUGCGCAGUACCAGAAAAUUUACUACUAAUGAGGAUUCCUGUGCCGCCAAUUUGUAUUAGACCCAGCGUUUUAUCUGAUCUAAAGGCUGGUACCAAUGAGGAUUAUCUGACGAUGAAAUUGUCAGAAAUAGCUCUUAUCAAUGACGUUAUUCGUAAGCAAACGGGUGUUAAUAUGAAUAUGUACAUGGAACAUUGGGAUUUUCUUCAGCUGCAUUGUGGCCUUUAUAUUAACAGCGAAAUGUCCGGAAUACCUUUACACAUGCAGCCUAAAAAGUUUGGCAGAGGUAUAGUGCAAAGAUUGAAAGGGAAGCAAGGUCGUUUCCGAGGUAACUUAUCUGGUAAACGUGUCGACUUUACUUCUCGCACAGUAAUUUCGCCCGAUCCAAACCUCAGAAUAGAUCAAGUUGGUGUACCUUUGCAUGUUGCAAAGACCUUAACGUAUCCUGAAAGGGUCACUCCAUCAAACAUAGAUCUAAUGCGGAAAUUAGUCAGAAAUGGCCCGGACAAACAUCCCGGUGCGAACUAUGUACAAUUUAAAAACUCGCAGUUUAGGCAAUACCUUAAAUAUGGCGAUCGGAAUAAAGCAGCUCAAGAAUUACAGUAUGGUGACAUUGUCGAGAGGCAUCUCAAAGAUGAUGACUUAGUGCUGUUCAAUCGGCAGCCGUCUCUACACAAAUUAAGCAUCAUGACACACAGAACCAAGGUACAGGAGCAUCGAACGUUCACAUUUAACGAGUGCGUCUGUACACCUUAUAAUGCGGAUUUUGACGGAGACGAAAUGAAUCUUCAUCUACCACAGACUGAGGAAGCUAGAGCAGAGGCGUUGGUCUUGUUGGCGAAUAAAUCCAAUCUGGUUACACCUCGCAAUGGUGAGAUAUUGAUAGCAGCGACGCAAGAUUUUAUCACCGGUGCUUAUCUCUUGACCCAAAAGGACAUGUUUCUCACGAUAGAGCAAGUUAGAUUCGCUCUUUGCAUCUUAGCCGGCCAAGAUUCUUCCAUGAUCGUAACUCUUCCUCAGCCUGCAAUAUUAAAACCGACGAAGUUGUGGACCGGUAAACAAAUAUUCAGUCUGAUUAUGCGGCCGAAUGAGGAAUGUCCUGUCAAAGCAAAUCUAAAGACGAAGGGCAAGGCGUAUACCAACAGCGAAGAAUUGUGCAUUAAUGACUCUUACAUCGUCAUUCGCAACUCCGAGCUUCUAGCGGGAAUAAUGGAUAAAUCUAUAUUGGGCUCAGGGUCGAAGCAAAAUAUAUUUUAUAUUUUGCUGCGUGAUUGGGGUGAGGAUGUUGCAAUCACAGCUAUGUGGCGUUUAACCAGAAUAGCGAAUCAUUUCAAUUUCGGGAAAGGAAUUUCUCUCGGUAUCAGUGAUCUUAUACCCAGUCAAGGCCUUCUUCAAGCCAAGGAAGAAAUGUUAAACGCCCAUUACUCCGAAUGUAAGAAGUAUAUUCAGCUAAUGGAACAGGGUCGUCUCGUUUGUCAACCCGGAUGUUCAGAAGAGGAAACACUGGAAACGAAAAUAUUGACCGAGCUCUCGGUGAUUCGUGAGAACGUUGGUAGAGCAUGUUUAAAGGAAUUACAUCCUACUAAUACUCCUUUGACUAUGGCGCUGAGUGGAAGCAAGGGUAGUUUUAUUAACAUCUCUCAGAUGAUCGCCUGCGUAGGCCAGCAAGCUAUCAACGGACGCAGAGUGCCGGACGGAUUCGAGAAUCGUGCAUUACCUCACGUAAUGGCGCGACUGAAGACGCCGGAUGCCAAAGGCUUUGUGGAGAAUUCAUUUUAUUCGGGAUUACAGUCCAAGGAAUUCUACUUUCACGCGAUGGGCGGUCGGGAGGGCCUCACGGAUACCGCUGUGAAAACUGCGGAGACCGGAUACAUGCAGAGGCGAUUGAUCAAGAGUUUAGAGGAUCUGUGUAUUCAUUAUGAUAUGACGGUGCGCAACUCGAUGCGCGAUAUGAUACAGAUGUCAUACGGCGGAGAUGGAUUGGAUCCUACGUAUAUAGAAGGUAAAGACGGUCCCGUCGAUUACAAACGAGUGUACGACCACGUGCGAGCAAAAAUGCCUCAUAAAAGCGAAGCGCCUUUAGACGCCGCCAGUGUUAUGAAUGCCACGAAUGAGAUGCUAUCUUCCGAGGAGUACGAGUGCCUGAGUGAUGAAUUUAAGCAAGAACUACUCGCUUUUCUGAAGUCGGUGGCGCGAAAGAUAGCAUAUUAUCGACAAAACUUUCCAUCGAAUUUGCCGGUAGUCUCUCAACUCGAACGUUUCACCGUCUCGCAAUUGGUAGAGUUCAUUCAUACGUGUAAGGAGAAGUACAUGAAAGCCAAGAUAGAACCGGGCACCGCCGUAGGCGCACUCGCCGCGCAAAGUAUCGGCGAGCCGGGAACUCAGAUGACGCUCAAAACGUUCCACUUCGCCGGUGUAGCGGCCAUGAACAUCACGCAGGGUGUGCCACGUAUUAAGGAAAUUAUUAACGCGAGUCCGAAGAUCAGUACUCCCAUCACAACAGCGAUAUUGGUCAAUGAUACGGAUUCUGAGUUUGCUGAACGAGUGAAGGCAAGAAUCGAAAAGACGACUCUGGCAGACGUGGCUAAGUAUAUCGAGGAAUUAUACACGCGCGAUGAUCAUUUUCUUGUAAUAAAUCUAGAUAUGGAUAGGAUUAAAAUGUUGAAGUUAGAAGUUGAUGUUAAUUCUAUAUGCUACACACUUUGUACAUCAAAAUUGAAGCUGACGUCAAAGAAUAUAGAAGUGAUAGACAAUUCAAUUAUUAUUAUUCGACCAAAUCGACAAAAAGACGGUUCCAAUUUUCCGUUUCGUCAAUUGACAGAGGCCAUUCCGAAUGUUGUAGUAAAGGGCUUAUCGACAAUCAAUAGAGUGGUUGUUCACAACGAGAAUCUCGAUGGCAAAACGAAAUUUACACUAUUUGUCGAAGGAGAUAAUUUUAGAGAAGUUAUGGCAACACCCGGUAUCAUCGGCGAGAAGACGAAAUCGAAUAAUACGAUAGAAGUUUUCAAAACGCUUGGGAUAGAAGCAGCGAGAGCAACUAUCAUGUCCGAAAUUAAAUCGGUAAUGGAAAAUCACGGAAUCAGUAUUGAUUGUCGACAUUUAAUGCUCUUGUCAGAUUUAAUGACUAGUAGAGGAGAAGUGCAUGGUAUUACGAGGACGGGAUUGGCAAAAAUGAAAGAAUCGGUCUUAAACUUGGCAUCGUUUGAGAAAACGGCAGAUCAUUUAUUCGAUGCGGCUUAUUAUGGACAAAAGGACAUUAUAUGCGGCGUAUCGGAAUCAAUUAUAAUGGGUAUUCCAGUCCCACUAGGCACGGGAAUCUUCAAGCUGCUUCAAAAGGCAGAUAAAAACGAACCAAUCAAGAGGGAACUUCUAUUUGAUGAUCCACAGUUUCACAACCCACUUUCUGAAAAAAGAUCUCGGCGAAUACGACCGCGUCCAAUAUUUCAAGUUUAGUGUUAAUAAAAUAUUUUACAUUUAAUGACAAGAAAAACUAAUUUACUUCAGUAAGAAAAGACAUCCUUUCACUUUGUCCGAUCUCUGUGAUAUUAAUUCUGAUGAUCAUGUCACUUAUGUAUAAAGCAUUAUUUACCUUAGGUACUUUUAUAUAGCGACUUGUAUCUACCUGUAUUUAUAUGAAUAGAAGUUGUGUUGCUAGGA